UGAUUCAGAUAUGGAUCUCGUGCUGAACGUUGCCGACCACUAUGUCCUCACCCCCUACGUGUACCCGUUGUCAUGGCCCGAGGACACAGCACUGCGCCAGAUCAUCAGCCUGUUGGUAGUCACCAACCUGGGGAUCGCGGUCCUCUACCUGGGCCUUGGCUGGCUGAGCUACCAAUUCAUCUUUGACCACAACCUCAUGAAACAUCCACAGUUUCUAAAGAACCAGGUGUGGCUGGAGAUCAGACAUGCCAUGACCUCGCUACCCAUUAUUAGUAUCCCCACCGUGGUGUUAUUUUUCAUUGAGGUCAAAGGAUACAGUAAGCUGUAUGACAACGUUGAAGAAUCUCCCAUGGACUGGCCCUUUGUGCUUUUCAGCAUUAUUUCCUUUGUGUUAUUCACGGAUGGGUGCAUCUAUUGGAUUCAUCGGUUUCUUCACCACAGAUGUAUUUACAAGCACUUCCACAAGAAGCAUCAUGUGCUGAAGAUCCCCACGCCGUUCGCCAGCCACGCCUUCCACCCGCUGGACGGCUUCCUGUCGAGCCUGCCCUACCAUGUCUACCCCUUCCUCUUCCCCCUGCACAAGGUGCUCUACCUGGCCCUCUACAUCUUUGUCAACAUCUGGACCGUGUCCAUCCACGACGGCGCCUAUCGCAUGCCCGGUCCACUGCAGGAGGUGGUCAAUGGGGCGGCCCACCACACGGACCACCACCUCUGCUUCAACGUCAACUACGGCCAGUACUUCACCUUGUGGGACCGCAUUGGUGGGUCUUACCAAAACCCCUCGGUUCUCGAAGGGAAGGGCCCCCUCGACUGCAUUAGUAGACUGACGGCCGAGGGGAAGAUUAGCUCUAAUGGGGCUAAUGCCAAUGGCCACACGAAUGGGCAUGAUAAUGGAAGUGGUACAAAGAGCAAGGAGGAGUAGCUGGUAGCAGCUAACCAAACUAUUCUUUCAGAGAACCACCCAGGCCAUCAAGACCCAUGAGUAACUCCAUUGUGUGUUUGAUAGCCAAUGGGUUCUCAGCAAACCUUUCACCGCCAUAUCUGAGGAGAAGCGGUCUCC